AUGUUCGGUAGCAUCGGUGCAUUGGUCUUUGACCAAGAGUUCAACGGUCUAAAGCACAACGACGACGAUGUGGCCAAGUGGGCCAGCGCAACCGUCAUCUUGCAUGGCACUCGUGCAGCAGCCCUGCCCACAAAGUACUUGCCGUUCUCGCUACUUCUCCUAUCCCAGGUGGUGAAGUUCAAACGCUCAUCCGAAUUCUGCAACAAGGCAAUUCCAAACCGCAAGGAGCUGCUUCGUGCCGGUGCAGGAAAGCCCGUGGAUCUCCCUCACGCCUUUAUUGAUGCUGAGGAUCUUGAAUCGAAUAUUGCCAUGGACGACCUCCAGGUUAAGCCUGAGUCUACUGUUACCAUGUCUGCAGGCAGCGAUACAUUGCCACGCUCACUCCCAUGA